AUGAAAUUCGCCUUCCAAUUCGCUCUUCUCUCAGCCCUUUGUAACGCCGCCAUUGGCCUUGGAGACGGCCACUACCUGAUUGGAUCCAAAGCUUUUCCAUCCCAGGUUCUGAGCCAGACUUCCAAGGAUCCACUUCACUUUGCGCUUCACACCAAAAAUGUUACUCAGAAAGAGAUAUGGAAUGUUGCCAAGAGUGAAAAGCAGGACUAUUACUCCAUCACAAGCUACCACAAUGGUGAAUUCAUCAACAGCGACCCGCUGCUGGGCUCCACCUGCCACCUGGGGCAGCAAUUCCAGCAAUACAUCGCAGAGUUCCAGGGCGACAACAACUACCAGCUUGUUCAGAACGGAUCAGGCUACUUUUUGCGUGCUGCGGAUGACGGCAUCCUCGAGCUUGCCGAAUAUGACACUUCUAACAACGAACUCUUCACCUUCAUCGCUCUCCGUACGUGCCCAGGCUGGUAG